UACCAAAAUUAAAAAAUUUCUUCUCCCUUACCAAUUUUGAAGCUGCAGAGUCCUUACAGAACUCAUUCUCGAGCUUUGCAUCCCAAUUUUGAGCACGUUCACCGGAGUAGCAAGUGGUAGUGAUGGCGAGCAACGACGAUGCAUACCUUUCCGGAAAAUCCAUGGUGUUCUUGAGGAGGGCGAAGAAUGCAACUGCCCGGAAAGGUCAAGGUGUUGGCGAGGCACCAACGGCAGGGCUUGGAGAAAAUGCUAAUGAUGGACUGUCCUGGAAGGGCAGUGAAGGUUAGUGGCGGUAAGGGUUCAUGAUCAAUGUCGUUUGCAACACCAAUUCGCCGUAGUGAUCGGUUGAGGAACGUGAGAUGUAGGAUUGAAAGAAUCAAUAAGCCUGUGCGCAUGGAGAUUGUUGAUGAUAGUGACAGCUCCUUGGAUGAUCAGGAAAGUGAAGAUGGCAAUAAUGGAAUGGAUGUUGAAGAUGAGGGAGAUGAGGAUGGAGCUUCUAAGGAUGAAGAAGGAUCUGAUGAUGCUCUUGAGACUGAUAAUGAUGCACCUGCAGCAUCUGAUGAUGAUGUCCACCACAUGCCUAUUAAAAGUGCAGGAAAGAGGAAAAGGAGAGUCAAAUUGGCAGAUAUCAAGGCUCCAUAUCCUAGGUUGAAGUCAAGGUCAUCGCCACACCUGAUUACUAAAACUAUGAAGCAGCUGAAUGAUUUGCAGCGGGAAGAGGUAGAGAGAAUUGGAUUUGGUUCAAUCUUGGGAAUGAAUAUUCUAGAACUGCCAGGAAGAUUAGGUUAUUGGCUGGUGAAGAAUUUUGAUGCUCGGAGGAGUAGUUUGGUGCUGCCGGAUGGUACGAAGUUGCACAUGACAGCCUCUGAUGUGCAUUCUGUACUUGGUUUGCCGUAUGGUGGGGUCAAGAUUGAGAAUAACAAGAGCAACAGGGAUGUUGGUUUAUUGAAAGAGUGGAGGAUGAAGUUUGGGAAGUGUAAUAACAGAAUAACCCCACCGGAGUUGGCUGAUGAGAUGCUUGGGUGUAAGGAGGGAGGUGAAUGGUUUGUUAGACAUUUUGUGUUGUUAGUGAUGUCGCUUUUGGUUGAUGGUACGUCACAUGGUUAUGUUAACAGUUUGGUCCUUGACCACUUGAGAGAUGUGGGCAGAGUGAAAAGGUUAAAUUGGUCAUACUAUGUGCUAGAAAAGUUGAUCGACAACAAGAUGAAGUGGGAGAAGAGUCCCGGGAAGUAUUUUUCUAGGCCAUUCGUUUUGUUGCUGGUUUUUUACGUUGAUCGUGUCGCUAUUUUCACUGCUACCGUUCCAAGGCUAUUUCCAGCAAUAAAGGGGUGGACGGGUAAAGAGCUUAGAGAGAGAGAGAGAGAAUAAAGAGGUGAGCGGAGGAGGCUUUGGAAUGGGACAUGACAACGGGCCAUUGGAGAAAGGUAAGCGCAUUUUGCUGACCGAGGUGGCUGUUGGUCAUUCCGCUACAAACGGUGAGCAUGUCGGUACAUCCUCCGAAAAAUAGCCCACGGUGGAUAAUGCGAAGAUGGUAAUGUUGAUUAUUAAUAGCUUAUAGUCUUUAGAAUUUUGGCUAACAAAUUUAUCUUUGAGUG